AUGGCCUCAUGGAUUGGCCUUCUCCUUCUCCUCGGCACAUCAAUCGCCCAAUUUCGACCACCAACCUAUCAAUCUUGUGAUGGACAAAGGCUAAACCAAGUGCAAGCCGCAUUCAACGAUGCUCUUGGAAUCACUCCUAACUUGGGCGUGAAAACGUAUGAACAAUUGAGAAUGGCUGUGGAAGGUGUUUGGGCAAGAACAGGGAUCCCUGGUCUCUCAUCGGUUUGCAAUGCUUUCAAAGGCAUUAAAGUUGGCUUCAAUAAAAUGGAAGAUUAUGAGGCUUGUUUCUUCGCUACUGGAAUCACAAUGGCUCAAGCAAUCGGCUAUCAAAAACUGAUGAAUCAGUUCGAUUUCGCUUGUGGAGCAGGAUUUUCAGUUUUUGCUAAUGUUGACGUCUGUGCGGCGGGGAUUUUCGGCUCAAACGCUACAAAAACUCAAUUGAAUCAAUGUCAAAGCGAUUUCGCUUCAAAUGUCGCCAAUGAUCCGACAAAUGUGUGCACAUACGCAGCAACAGCUGCUUUAUGCUAUCAAACAACGUUCAUGAGUUGUGGUCGAUCUGCUGGUUGGUGGGGUUGUGAGUACGAGAGAAUGGGAACGGCCACCUAUUACCCGCAUUGUACGCAGAAUUUUUGCACACUCAACCCAGUGCAA